CCCAAGAAUUCUUGCCACCUGUAGCCAUUGGUGAUCUAGCUAGGAAGAUCAGCUGGCAUCGACGAUGGCGUCUUCCCUUAUGCUUGUCCUCCCCUUCUUCCUCCUCGUCGUGUGCCCGUACGCUGCCGCGUCGGCCAGGCAAGCUCCCUGCUGCUAUAAGAGGCUGUUCAGCUUGGGUGACUCCAUCACCGAUGCCGGCAACCUCGCCAUCGUGGCCCCUAACAUCCCCGCCAUGGCGUUCCCCUAUGGCGAGACCUUCUUCCACCGCCCCAACGGGCGCUUCUGCGAUGGCAGGCUCAUUGUUGACUUCAUUGCGGAGGCGUUGAAGCUGCCGCUCUUGACACCGUUCCUCGCCGGGAACAAGGCGGAGGACUUCAGGCAGGGGGCAAACUUCGCCGUGUCCGGCGCGACAGCUCUGAGCCAGCAGUUCUUCAAGGACAUGGGGCUGGACCUGGCCAUCAUUCCGCCCUUCUCGCUGGACGUGCAGGUGGAAUGGUUCAUGCGCGUGCUCAACAUGCUGGGCCCAACGGAACAAGAGCGCAAGGACAUCAUGUCCAGCUCUCUGUUCCUGGUGGGGGAGAUUGGGGGCAACGAUUACAACCACCCCUUCUUCCAGAACAGGUCCUUCAGGGACGAGAUCAAGUCCCUGGUCCCAAAAGUUAUAGAAAAGAUCGAGAACGCCACCAAGGUGUUGAUCGGCCUUGGAGCGAAGACAAUCGUCGUCCCCGGGAACUUCCCCAUAGGCUGCAUGCCGAGGUACCUCACCAUGUUCCAGAGCAACAACCCCGGCGACUACGAUUACUCCGGGUGCAUCAGAUGGCUCAACGACUUCGCCGAGGAGCACAACCGCGCGGUCAGGCUCAUGCUGGAGCGCAUCCGUCUCCGCGAUCCGACCGUCACCGUCGUCUACGGCGAUUACUACGGCACCAUCCUGGAGAUCACCCGUAGCCCUGAUAAACACGGGUUCAGGAAGGACGUUGCCCUGACCGCGUGCUGCGGCGACGGCGGCACCCACAACUCCGGCACGCUGUUCUCUUGCAACGCCACGUCGAUUCUGUGCCCUGACCCGUCCAAGCACAUAUCCUGGGACGGGCUUCAUCUCACUGAAGCUGCGUACCAAUUCGUGGCGCGUGGCAUCCUGGAUGGACUAAUUGGGUCCUCCAAAUGUAGAUGCUAAUUGAGCUUCGCAAGGAACCUACAAGUUACACAAAUUUAACCAAAUCAUCGUACUUCGAUCAACUCAAUUAAAUAAUUCAAAUGUGUCAUAAGCAAUUGAAAAUCAUUCAGGAUAACACACCUCACAAGCACAACAUGUUCAACAUCAUUGUAACAUAUCUGUACGUAGUCCAUCACAUUACAUAAAAUAGGUUCAAGUUCAUAACAUUUUGCAAUUGGACAGUUCUAUCAUCGCACUCAUCGUACGAUACAACACAAAAUAAGAACACUAUAUGCUGAUAUUGCCCUUCUCAAAGCCAUGGCCAUCACUUCUCACCCGCACCUACGUCUGCGGGAUAGUAGUACCCAAAGAUGGCCUCAAGCUGCCGAAUAUCUACAACAACUUAACGAUGGUACUGUGAGAACGAAAGGUACUCCACAGAACUUAUCAAGGCACUAUUGAAGAGACCUUCAUUCAUAUCGGCUCAUUCGUAUCGACCACAAAUGAUCCAGUACGAAUAAGUCAUUCAUGCUGAUGUAUAAUACAGCCAGCAUGUAUAAUCUACUAUUCGUGCCAACUCUAAAUAGAGCCGGAACGAAUACGAUAGUCGGCAUGAAAAACAAUUAUGUGCACCGGCCCUAAACAGGGCCGAUGUGUAUAAUCCUUAUUUGUUUAUUUAGAGCCAGCACAAGAUUAUUCGCGCUGGCUCACGUACGGACUUGAAAAUUCGUAACUUUUACAUAUAAACUCGGAUGGAGAUAAGUUUUUAUAUCAAAAUUGUACAGUCGAUGAGAUCUAAAACUUUAUAGUUGAACAUUUUUCAAUUUGAAGUCAUUUAGAUGCCCAAAAUUUCAACUUAGCCAUGCUUUUGCUUUCUCCCUUAUAAUUUGAAUUUCAUGUUUUAUUUGGAAAUUCAUAACUUUGUGAUAUGGAUUCGCGUGAAUACAAACUUUAUAUGAAGUUUUACAUUUUGACCUGAUCUACAACUUUGUAGUUGAAAGCUUUUCAAUUUAAAGUCAUUCAUAUGUCAAAUGAUGUUUAAAAUUUCAGCUAUGUUUCCUGCCCUUGUAAUUUGAAUUUAAAUUGUAUUCAGAAAUUUGUAACUUUCACAAAAGGUUUUAGAUGGAGAUAAAUUUUA